GCGACAGACUGUGGGCUAAGUUUGUCCGCCCUGGCUUCCCAUCCCGAGUCGACGGGGCUUUGUUUCAUUGAUGAACAACAAACCGUCGGUUUCGCUUAGUAUUCACACCAAGAGAAGAGGCGUUAGAAACGGUCAAGCACGUUCGUGACAUUUUGGAUAAUUUGUAGAGACAGAAAGAAAAAAAAGACAGAGGAGAGGGAGGGAAAGAGGGAGAGUGCGACGGAGCGACUCUAAAGUUGACACUUGGCUGUCAUGUUUGGUACUUGUUGAAUAUCAGGCUGUGUACAUACACAACAGUGGAGCCUGUGUGGGCAGCGUGCUGCGAACAGGUCAUCUGUAUCACCAUGACACACUGACAGAACAAGGGCAGUGAUGGCAGAGCUGGAAAUUGACCAGACCAACCUUCCACGUGUCCAAGAAGUGUGCCAGUGUUUUGCUGUGCUGGAGGAUGGAGUUUUGGCACACAACCUGCAGAAACAGGAAAUUGAGAAAUACUACACCACCAACAUCCAAAAGAACCAACUAGUUCAGAAUGACAUCCGUGUUGCUAAGAGGCUGCAGGAUGAGGAGGAGGCACAACGGAUGCAGCAGAAUGACCUCCUCAGACAAGCCUCCAGACAGCUAGAGGCAGAGGAUUUUGAGUAUGCUCGAUUAAUUCAAGAGGAGAUCCAGCGCCGUGCUGAGGAGGCUCAGAGGAGAGAGCUGGAUGAUGAGGAAAUAGCUAAACGUUUGCAAGAGGAGGAGGAGAAGAAGAGAGUCAGGAGGAGCAUCAGAGAGCAAGAGGGCCAUGAUGAAGGCAACUACUCCAAUCCUGCUCUGCCCUCCACUCACCAGCUCACACUCAACAGCUCUCACCGUGGAGACGAGCAGUACUCAUCUACCACCACCAGGUGGCAAUGUUCUACCUCUAACAACCCCUUAGACCUAAGUGAGCCUCUGGCUGACUCCCCCAGGGGGUUAGCAGCUCAUAAAAACACAACUCCAUGGUCAAAUCAAGGACAUGCUGAUUUCUUUAGGGAAAUAAGGAAUAAAUUGAGUGAGCCUUUGAGUGAGGAGUCAGAGGACUCGGACACGGUUUUCUCUGAACAGCUCUCUCUCAGGACCCAGAGACUGAGGGAGAGACUAUUCACAGCACCUCCACGUCAGCGGGCGUCUUUAUAUCAGCCGCAUGAGAGAAACUACAGAAGUCUUAGCUCUCACAGCAGCUUCAUAGAUGAUUUCAGAGGCCAUGAGGAGGAGAGAGGAGAGCGGGAUGUGGACUAUUGUGAAAAUGGUGACCUCGAGAGAAGAAGGCCAAGGAUAUGGGAUCAGGAAAGGAACUAUACAGAAGAGUAUGAGAACCAUCACAGGAGCAGAGAUCAGGAUAGAGACUCCAGGCUACGUGAGGUGCAAGAAAGGCGAUUUAGUCGCAGUGAAUCCGUGAGGCUACAUGACAGGAGCAGACCCAGUAACAGAGAUUUAUCAAGAACUUGGAGUGUAAGGGAAAACCCUGACAAACAUGUGCGCUUCAGGGAUGAUAGCAGGAGUACAAACAGGCAGCAGAGUGAGAGUAGCAGCGUCUGGGAGAUGCUGGGCCAGGUCCUCAUGGAGAGGGGUGUGCCUGUGAGGUUUGGCAACGACGGGGCGUCACUUCAAAUACUACCCCAAAGAAGAAAUAGCCAGGUGCUUCACGGGAGUGAGGCCUCCUAUUGUGACUCCCAACCACAUCAGAGAGCCUUCCAGAGAGCUGCCACCACCAGGCACAGUUUCCAUGGAGAUAUCAGGGAGAGGAGGAGAACGUCAUACCGAGAAAACAGCAGGAGAGAUCACAGAGAAGACAGAGACAGGCACCAAUAUAAUGUGGACCAUGAUGGGGAGGAUUCUGAGAUUAGCAGUAGAGACUCAUCCUUCGAUAACAGAGAAAGACGAAGCAGCAGAAGGUGGAAAGAGCACAGAUAUGAUGAAGAAAGAGAAAGGAGUGCACAUGAUUAUGAGGUCAGAAGGACAGCGAGCCAACACAGGCAUUGGCACAGGACCAUAGAAGAAAGGUUAAGCUCUGAAGAGGAGGAGGAGGAGGAGGAGGAGGAGCAGAGGAGAGUGGAGCGGCCCUAUCGAAGAGCCCCAAGGCGUAGCCAGAGUCUUAGGAGCAGCAGCGAGGCCUCAGCCAGGGAGAGGUCAAGAAACAUGGCAGCAGGAGCAUCACUGCAACCUGAGACAGAUGAGGCAGGCCUUGACAUGGGAGAACUGCAGCAGGUUCUCAGGGAUGAAGAACUGGCCCGAAAGCUGCAGGAGGAAGAGGAAAAGCUGUCCAGGAGGUACUCCCAUCAUGCUCCACGAAGCUCUUACCCAGACGGAGAUUUCAGAGUGGCACAAGUAGCGCAAGAUGAGGAAAUAGCACGAUUCAUGCAGAAGCAGGAAAUAAAGUCAAAGCAUCGAUCACGUGAGCUAGAAGGACCAGAAUCCUGGCGUGAGCACAGAGCAAUGAUGAAUCAUCACAGCAGACGAAUUGCAAGAGAUAAACAGGUCCAACGAGAGAGGCUCGACUCAGAAGGACUUCCUUCCCCCACUGAGGACUGCUCUCCAGAAACCCUCCCACCCAGCCCCAUCUCCACCCUACCACAAACCCAGCAGGUCAGAAACAUUGCGGAGGAGCUGGACCCGACCUUCCAGGCGAGGAGACACAGCACAGAGAGCCCCAGCGUGGGACUAACAGGUCCCACUUGUCAGCCACUUCCUGUACCGCCAUCCAGUCUGCAUGAUUUCCUUGAGGAGCCAAAUUUCAUCCCUCCCACCAAACGGCAAACAGACAAAUCAGGACGCACCAAACCCAAAGAGAAGAGGGAAAACUGCAAGCAGCAAUAAUAGCUCAU